AUGUCCAGAGCUGCGAUUCCCUUCGGCAUCCUGAGGAGGGAGCUAGCGUGUGAGGGCUACCCUAUCGAGCUGCGUUGUCCAGGAAGUGACGUCAUAAUGAUUGAGACGGCAAACUACGGACGCACGGACGAUAAGAUCUGUGACGCGGACCAAUUUCAGAUGGAGAACACACAGUGUUACCUCCCAGACGCACUCAAGAUCAUGGCCCAGAGGUGUAACAACAGGACCCAGUGUGUAGUGAUAGCAGGAGUAGAUGUGUUUCCAGACCCCUGUCCUGGUACAUACAAAUACCUGGAGAUACAGUAUGAAUGUGUUCCUUACAAAGUGGACCAAAAAGUCUUUGUGUGUCCUGGUUCUCUCCUGAGCGUUCAACCGGCUACUUCCUUAUUGGAGGCAGAGCAUCAAUCUGGGGCGUGGUGUAAGGACCCGUUGCAGGCUGCUGAUAGGCUGUAUGUCAUGCCCUGGACACCCUAUAGGACGGAAGUUCUGUAUGAGUAUGCUUCAUGGGACGACUACAGGCAGAACAGAGUCACCACCACUUACAAGCUGCCGAACCGCGUCGACGGUACAGGCUUCGUGGUCUAUGAUGGAGCCGUGUUCUACAACAAGGAACGCACGCGCAACCUGGUCAAGUACGACCUCCGCACGCGCAUUAAGAGCGGCGAGGCGGUGGUGUUGAACGCUAACUACCACGACACUUCUCCGUAUCGGUGGGGCGGGAAGAGCGAUAUCGACCUCGCUGUGGAUGAGAACGGACUGUGGGUCAUCUACUCAACUGAAGCCAACAAUGGACGUAUAGUUGUCAGUCAGGUAAACCCUUACACGCUGCGUUUCGAGGGCACGUGGGCGACCAGCUUCGACAAGCGCGGGGCGAGCAACGCCUUCAUGGCGUGCGGCGUGCUAUACGCGGUGCGCUCCGUCUUCCAAGACGACGAGGGACAGACAGACAGAGGAGGAGGAGGUGGAGGGGAUAUGGUGUUAUAUGCGUUUGACACCAGUAGAGGGCGAGAGGUGCCGGUCCAGAUCCCCUUCCCUAACCCCUACCAGUAUAUAUCAUCUAUAGACUACAACCCACGGGACAACCAGCUGUAUGUGUGGAAUAACUACUACGUGCUGAGAUACCCUCUGCAGUUCAGACCGCCCCAGCCUACCAAAGGUCCUCUCUCAUCUCUAAUGACUACAGUGGGGUCCUACACAGCCACCGUAGCGCUGACCCCAGUACGACCUUCAGCCUCCAAUCCCAUCGGGGUCAUCAACCGGAGUCCGGACUUGCGGCCAAUCACGGCCAUGGUCCCGCUAACCCCCCACCCCCCCCACCGUGCCCCCAUCGCCCCGGGGGGGUCCUACGGGGGGCAGGUUGGGGUGUGUGAGGGGAGGGUGACCAGAGGGGUACAGUGGCCCCCUACACCUAAAGGAGAGAUGGUGGAGAGACCAUGUCCCAAAGGAUCACUGGGUAUAGCAUCGUACCAGUGUGUGUUGUCCCCGGUAACCUGGAACUCCAGAGGGCCUGACCUCAGUAACUGUACCUCUCCCUGGGUCAGUCAGAUAGCACAGAAGAUAAAGAGUGGGGAGAAUGCAGCUAACAUCGCUGGUGAGUUAGUAAACCUGACGAGGGGGCGGGUCUACGCCGGUGAUGUCAGCAUGUCAGUCAAACUUCUAGAGCAGCUGUUGGACAUCCUGGAUUCUCAGCUUCAGGCCCUACGACCAGCCAACAAGGAGUCUGCGGCACGCAACUACAACAAGUUACAGAAGAGGGAACGCACCUGUAGAGCUUAUGUCCAG